AUGGUAUACAUUAGCAACAUUUCCCACCCCACCAACCAAAAAUUGGUAGCGAAGCAGUACCAGAUCAGUCUAGGCAAGCUCCAAAAGAAGGUGGCUGCUGAUUUCAAGGAAGACAGUAAGUACCGCUUCUACCAAGGCAAGAACAUGGAGUCGCACCUCUACGAGGGAAUUCAGCCUGCUGAGUUCUACGACAAGCUCGAGAACGUGCUCGCAACCCAGAAGUCUGCCUUCAAGGUCAACAUCGCUCUUGGAUACAAGCUUGUCAGCAGAACUGAUGACAGCGAGACUCGCUACUUCCACCCGAAUAUUAGCAACACGUCUGUAUUUAGCACUCCUGUAGCUAUCAACAGCAAGGCUGAUAUUCGUAAGAAGGUGAUCUCGGAGAUUCGCUCCAUGGAGUUGGCUGACAAGCUCAACUACCCCAGCUCCGGGUACAUGCACGUCAUCAACUUCCCCAAGACGAACAACAAGUGUGUCUUCCACUGCAUUGCUUAUCACAAGCAGGAGGGAGCCAAGAAGGAUCCUCGCAGAAUCCAGGCUCUGCUUGAGGAGUGCUUCAAGCUGAACAUCAACGUCUUCAACAUGGAUUUUGAGACGGGCAAGGUUGAAUGCAUUCGCUGCUCGGACAAGGACUAUGAUUCGAUCAACAUCCUGUCGCACGAGAAUCACGCUCUCUACAUCACGAACGUUGAUAUGCUCCAGCAGAAGUACCAAUGCUCUACGUGUGAGAUGGUGUUUGUUAGCUCUGAUAAGCUACGCAACCACACUAAGAACCAAUGCGAACUCGUGAACAUCGAAUCGUUCCCAGCUCAGCCAACCAUCUACCAACCCGCUCCGAACAGCAUUCGUUCCAUGCUGACUAAGGACUCCAUCAAGGAUGCUGACCAUUACAUCGAUCACUUCAUUGUCUAUGAUUUUGAGGCUAUCCUCAAGCCUACGGGUGUCAAAAACGGAGAGAAUACUAUCUUCACAAACGAACAUAUUCCUGUGUCUGUUUCCGUGGCCGACAGCUUGACUGAGGAGGUGCGAUGCUUUGUCAGCGAUGACCCGAAGGAGUUGCUCAAGGAUAUGUUCCAGUACAUCAAGGAAGUUGCGGCUAAGAUUCAGCAGUACAACGUCUCGAAGUACGAGUCUUUGCUCCGCAAAAUCAUCAACGUCCAUGGUUUGACUGACGCUGAGGUUCCUGGUCUAGACUUGGGUAAGACGUACAAGAUGGAUGAUGUCAAUGCUUGGAUUCAGAGCGGGGAGUUUGCUUGUUUCUUCGAUUUCCACAGCAAGCUCACAUUCGGUAAGAAGCGCUCGGAUUAUGGCAAGCUGAAGCAGUGCAUUGGUCAGGUACCAGUAUUCGGAUUCAACUCUGGACGCUACGACAUCAACCUUAUCAAGGCGGACCUGUUUGCAGUCAUCGGUACCGACAACAUCACAUCAGUCAUCAAGAACCCUAGCUACAUGUGCAUCGCCACGUCAGACAUGAAAAUGCUUGACAUUAGCAACUAUGUUCCGGCAGGCACCAGCUAUGCAAAGUACUUGUCGACAUAUCUCGGUGAGUGCAAGUGUGAUGACAAGAUUCGAUGCGUCUGUGGCCUAGGAAAAGGCAUCUUCCCGUACGAGUACAUUACUUCAUUUGACGUACUCAGUCAGCCGGAAGUCCCUCCUAAGUCGGCGUUCAACAGUGCUCUUCGUAGCACUAGCAUCAGCGACGAGGACUAUGUGCGGGUACAGUUCGUCUGGGAACACUAUGGCAUGAAGUCAAUCAAGGAUCUACUCAUUUGGUACAACAACCUCGAUGUUGUACCCUUCAUCAAGGCCAUCAAAGCCCAGCGAGAACUAUUCAACCGUUUCGAACUUGAUAUGUUCACUGAUAGUGUGUCGCUACCUGGUCUCUCUGAGAAAGUCAUGUAUCAGACGUGCUUCAACAACCUCCAGCAACCAAGUAAGGAGCCUGCUGAAGCGUUUGACUUUCCCGCUAGUCGCUUAAGUGGAUAUAAGACCCAGGAUGCUGAUGCCGAUCGUGAAUUCAAUAUGACGCUAGAACACCUCAACGACUUGCUAGAGCGACAAAAGUACCUGUGUGGGCUAUGCUACAAGCAACUCACAGCUGAUACUGCCUCGGCUGACCGAAUCAAUAACAAGCUCGGAUACAUCGAUGGUAAUAUCUUGAUCAGCUGUGUGGGAUGCAACGUUGCUCGCAAGAGCAUGUCGCUAAAGGGCUUCCGCCACAAGAAGCUACUUGAAUUCAACUCAGACAUGUUGGUGUACAGUAUCGAUAGAGAGGAGAAGGACAUGUACACCAAGAUGAAGGCGAACAUUGCUGGUGGUCCUUCUAUCAUCUUCAACAGAUACGCGAAACGCAACGAGACCAAGAUUCGAGGGGGUAGGAUCUGCAAAAAGAUCAUCGGCUACGAUGCUAAUGCUCUGUAUUUGUGGGCUCUUGAGCACCUCAAACCCUACUUCAGUGAAAUGACCCCAAUUUUCAAGAACACCCUUAUCGACUGCAGCGAUCGGAGUGUCAUCGGUCAGCACAUGUUCGAGUACAACGAGGAGCGCAAGCAAAGCCGAGCAAAGCCGGCUCGCAAACUCAUCGGGAGCUACUUUGGUGAGAAGAUCCUCAUUUAUGCACCGCUACUCAAAUGGUACAUUUCUCAUGGUAUGGAGAUCACCAAGACUUACAGCUUCAUCAAGGCUAGCUCUCACAAGGCAUUUGCACCAUUCAUGGAAGCCGUAUCGAGCGCGCGACGAGAGGGUGAUGAAAAUGUUAAAUCCAUCUGUAAGAUCAUUAUUGAGAAGAUGAUGAAACUGGUUGGUAAUAGUGCGUUUGGUCGAUCUGGCAUGGACAUGAGCAAGCACAAGGAGGUCAGGUAUGAGUCGGACGAUAAGGCAAUCAAGGCCAAGAUUGAGCACUUCACCUUCCAUGGAAUGGAAGAGCUGAAUGAUUCAUGUGAAUUCACUAUGAAGAAGCGAAAGCUCAACAAUAAGAACCCAAUUCAUCUAUCGAUUGCAAUCUAUCAGCUCGCUAAGCUCCGUAUGUUGCAAUUCUACUAUGAUUGCAUUGACUUCUACUUUGACCGUUCGGAAUUCCAGUACCAAGAAAUGGACACAGACUCGGCUUAUAUUGCGUUCAGCUGUGAGAAGCCAUUCGUUGAGUGUAUCAAGCCCAAGCUUCGUGAGCAUUUUCAGCAGCAUAAGUACGAGUGGUUCCCACGUGAUUAUAGCGAAGAGAUGGCUCAGUUUGAUCGCCGAACGCCAGGUUUGUUCAAGGAUGAGUGGUCUGGUGAUGCUAUGGUAUCAUUGUCCUCUAAGAACUACAUUUGCUACCUACCAGACGAAUCUUACAAGGUCAAGGUUUCAGCGAAGGGAGUCCAGCAGAGUGGUGGCCGCAAUGGCGACGUCCUCAACCCAGAUGGCUUUGAAUCAGUUGUUCGCGAUCGCAUCACGCUACAGGGCACCAACAAGGGGUUUAGACUCAGUAAGGAGACCUUAUACCAGAAGGCUAAAGAACUGGAGCCGAAGAUUACGAUGAAAAUCGUCAAGGAAUGGUACUCAAACCAGAGCGAUAUUCAGCGAUUUCAGGAGCAGAAGAAGCGAUACGAUGGUUCCGGAGGCAGCUAUGGUGACAAUAGCGACCUCAACGUCGCUGAGUUGAAAGCUAUCAUGAAGAACCUCAUCAUUCAUGAUCGUCCCCAGAAGACCCAAGCCGCUGUGUGGGCUACUGACCUCGACAAGUCGACCAAGAAUCAGUUCCAGAGCCCCUUCGAUAGCUCUCCAUACACGCUUCAGCCCGGGUCGUCGAUUCGCAACUUUAACGUUCGUAUUGGCUCGACUCAGGUGUUCGAUAUCAGUCAUGACUAUGAUUUCCACCACUUUACCAACGAAAUUGCUAAGAUUUCAGCGAUUAACGGAGAUCUAACCCCUGAGCUCGUAAAUGGUCUACUUGACUAUCAGACGUGGUCGCUCACAAACCGCAUGCUUAUUGCCGAUGUCAGUCGCCUGACUGAGCGCGAUGUACCUCAGGCUAUUCAGAUCCAAGAGCCGCUCGCGGCCAGCAACAAGCCCAGCGAGCUGCCCGCGCGCCUCGCCGUCGUGAUCGGCCGUGAGACCGAUGGCGUGAGUUCGGAGAUGCUGCGCGCGGCCCACCGACGCGUGUAUUUGCCGCUCUUCGGCUUUAGCGAGAGCCUCAAUCUGUCGGUGGCCUCGGCGCUGGUGCUGCAGCGGCUGCUGGACUGGUUCCCGGAGGUGCGCGGAGAUCUGGACGAGCAGGAGAAGCAGAGCAUUCGCGAGAGGUGGUACCCUCAGUUGGUGGGCAACCCCACACAAGCCGCGCAGGCUGAGCCGUGGACGUCCGGCAGAGUCCCUAUCCGCCCGCUUGACGACCUGCGGCGCGAUAAGCACGAGGUUUGGGUCCCCAAGAGCGUUCGACGGCGCGAACAGGACAUGCCCGAGGUGAGGGAGCGACUGGGGAAGAGGAAACAGCCCGAAGGAGACUCGACAUCGGACAAUACGCAGACUGCUGACGUGGAAGGAUAG